AUGAAGGACGUGCAGAUCUUUCUUGCAUCAUUUGUGCUGUCUUCCUUUCUUAUAGACUGUCAAUGCGCUAAGAAAUACAAUGACUAUCUGCAUGGGCUCGGCAUUCAGAUGCUCUCAGAUUUCUCGCCGACGCUUGAUCGUUCUUCAAAAGAACUUGAAACCAUCAUCCAUGAGCGCGAUCUUGCCAUGGCAGCUCGUGCGGCGAAAGUGGAAGAGAAGAUGAAGACGAUGGUCACCAAGCCUUGGGCAACUAUGCAUCCCCUGCGUCUUGAAAGAGAAGAGAAAAGGGACGAGGCGCUUGUACGUCAGGCUAAGCGACAAGUCGAAGAAGAUCAACGGAUGCUAAAGGAGGCGCAAUCAGUAUCCAAUCACGAUGAAAAGAUGCUGAAAGUUGCUGUGGCAAGAAAGUCACUGCAGAUGGACGAUGGUUCGAUGAGGAGACAGAAGGCCAUGAAGAACCUGAAUGUGAAAGCUCGUGUGGAAGCAAAACGCGACGGGGCCUUGCUGCAUGAUUGGCACAUCGACAAAGACGGGCACAUCGUACAGACUCAAGUCAAACCAGCAAGUGCUAAGAAGGCUUUGGCUACGCAACGGGAACACUCUCGAGCCAGAUCAAACAUCGCAGAGAAAGCCAUCGAUGAUCGAGGUCACAUGUCAGCAAGAUUCGAAGCUGUGCAUCGGAAAGCAGUUGCGCUCAGAAACCUUGGAAAGAAGCACAAUGAGAUCUUCGUCGAUCAGGCGGAUCGGAAGGCUCAUCACACGGUUGAAGUGCUGCCUUAUCUCUUGCCUCCAAUUGGAAUCGCUGUCCUCGUUGUUCUUGGCACAAGCACUUAUAUGGUCAAAAAAUGGCAGAAAAUCCCUAACGGAGUUUCAAUAGUGAGACGGCAGAAUGUGGAAGACUUGAAAGCAGGAUUCAGCAAAUUUUCGGGAAAGAAGGAAGAAGUCCAGUGGAAGGAGCUUGAGCACUCUGCAUUGUGA